UUUUGCAAUUUGCAAUUUUCAAAUAAAGUGGUUAGAUUCCGCCUUUCUGAGCUUCGGGAGACUUCAAUAUCUUUCAACUCAUAAUUCAUAAGCGCCAAUCCCAUUUUCUUUUAGCUCUUCUAAAAAACCUCUCCUCUUCAGCUGAAAUUGUAGCAAUUGACGAUCAUUUGAGGCAGAAGGUGUAGGAUGCCGGCUGAUGAAAGUAUCCCGAGGCCUCUGUUUGGGGGUGCUGUAUCCACCUCGUUUCCUAUGAGAUUCCAGGAUGUGAGCAACAUACAAGUAGUUCCGAAUCACCAGGAAGUUUUUGUUGAUCCAAGCCGGGAUGAGAGUAUUAUUAUCGAGCUGUUGGAUUUUAAGCAUGAUGUUGAAGAUAAUGGCAGUGCUGUGUGGUUUCUACGCGAUCUUGCUAGCGAACAAGAUGCAGAACAAAGCACGCUAUUUGAGCAAUCUGGUACUAUUGAAGCAGUUGGCUUGCGCUACAGAGAUGUACCAUCAGUUGUCACAACAGCAGUUGGUCAGAUGGCUGUUUCUAAGGGAAGACAAGGAAGGGAGGCUCAAAAUAUAGUGAGGGUAUAUCUUGCAAAUUUGCGCCUUAAGGGGGUUGCAACUGAUGUGCUGAUCACUGCCUAUGAGCCUGUUUUCAUUAACCCAUUGAGUGCAAGUGCAAGGGCCGUGGGAGCUGGUCCAGCUGUUCCUGCAACAGAUUCAGGAUGCCUUCCAAUGGCAGAAGUCUUUAAAAAUGCUGUCACAAGCUUCACCGUCCAUGACUGGAAUCUUUUUGGUGUAGUUUCCUAAGAUAAAUUGAACUAUUAUGUACAUUUUUUCAGUUUUGGCAGCCUUCAGAACUCUUUUCUUCUUGAAACUUGCUGAAGAAGGCAUGUUACUAUUGUUGAAGGACUCUUUUCUUCUUGAAACUUGCUGAAGAAGGCAUGUUACUGUUGUGAAUCCGCGAAGGUGUUGGUUGGGAGCUUUGGCUACCAACCAAAAGUUUCCGGACCAGGGUCUUGCGAAUGUGUUGUGUGCGUGAAUAUGUCUUAAUUAGUCUGAAUGUUGAAAGAUUUUGUAACAAAAUACCUAAACAUAAGCACCUGUAAGCUUUAAAUUGAGUUGCAAGGGUUCUUUCACCUAUUGUGCA